AUGACUCCGUCAAAAGAAAGAGAACGACCCGUGACAAAUGCGACCUCCGCCAGGUACAUCAUUUACGAAUGCAACAAAAACGGACUUUGUGGUGGGUGGGGCGAUCGACUUGCAGGAAUUGUGUCUAGCUAUUUAAUAUCUCUCAUUACCAACAGAACAUUUGGAAUCAGCAUAACAGCGCCGGCCUGUAACCUGACUGAUUAUUUUGAACCACACCUAAUCGACUGGAACAUCGAUUUAGAUCGUCUGAAGAACCUGCCAUCUAAACGAAUAAGCCACAUGGACAACCGUCUAUUUCAACGUACAGCUGAUAAGAUGAACUUUUCCGCUCUGAUGAAGGAAACUGUGAUAUACUACAGAGAGAAUUAUGAAUUUUUUAGUGGACUUCAGGAAAGCGCAUUUCAUGCCUCUAAUUUCUUGUGGAUGAAAAAAUGGACGAGAGACAGGGUUUUCGCACAUGUUAUGCGAAUUUUGUUCAGACUAAAAAGUAGCUUAAAAAAAGUGUUGAUCGAUUUUAUUAACAAGGUGAAACCAAACAAAAAGUGGAAAUUAAUGUGUGCUCAUAUUCGUUUGGGUCGAAACCCAACAAUUCCUAAUGAUUCUGAACAACGCAACAAUAACGAGACAAUUAAUGUAAUCUGGGACUUUAUAACAAAGAAUUUCACGUGUGAUUUAUGUAAAAUAUUUAUUGCAACAGACUCAGAACUCGUACGACAGAAAGCCAAAAGUUUAUUCCCUGAUAAAAUAGUUGACAUUCCUGGAGACAUAGUUCAUAUUGAGAGAGGGCAAAUGAAAAACAGAUGCGACGCAUUCACUAAAGUUAUCUUAGAUCAACAAGUGUUAUCCAAAUGUGAUUCUCUACUUCUUACCAAAAGCGGCCUCGGAAAAAUAGCUGCAUAUUUAAGGGGAACUGAAGAAAACCUUUUCUGUUCUGCCAACAAACAAAUUGUGAAGUGCCUGCCUAAUAACAUUACGACUGUGUUUGGUAUGCGUGGCUGAUGCCAUCAUAUGACUUCUGGCUGUGUUAAACAUUCGCUGUUGACAUCUCAGACUUGAUAUUUGAGUCACAAUUUUAGGGUGUUUUUUAUUAUUUAUUUAUUUAUUGUUUUUAGUACAUUGCUGGUCAGCAUCAUACCGUGGCUUGGCAUUGGUGGCAUUAAUGGAGGAUAAUAAAUGAGUUACCAGUUAUUAUCAAAUUUAUUUCCCGAGUCAAAUAAUGUUCAACUAUCACGAAGGACAUAAAUUUGAUAAUGACCGAUACUGAGUUUGUUAUUCUGUUUAUUACCCCCUGGCAGGUCUAUCUGUAUAUUUCCAGGUAUAUGUACAUUGUGGGUUUGGACUUGUGGCAAGUCUAUCAUUAUUUUGUUAGUGUGUAUUAUGUACAUUUCCCCAAAGUAAAGGAGUACUGAGCAGGAAGGUUGGGUUGCACGGGCAUAUCGCUUGAGGCAAUCUGGCUGCAUUGCAGAUAGUGGUUAGCCAAUGGGAAAAUAGGUUGGGUUAGUUCCAAGGUGUAAAAGUAGUUACAGUAUUAGAGUAGAGCGUGCACUACAUAGGUCGGUGAAAGAAACGUACCGGAGCAGGUUAUCUGGGUUAGAAGUAACCGUGAGUAAACAUUAGUAUUUUGUGUGUAUACGCCGUUGAUGUAACUUGAAAUAUAAGUUGUGUGUUUAUUUGUCCAGUUUCAAUAUUGUGUAUAACCAAGAUUACCAGAGAUUGUUAUAAAAUGUGUAUAGAAUUACUAUUACAGUGACCGUCUGAUGCCCGAGUGGAGGGGUGCAUAGCGCUGUGGGUUGACAUCGGCCCGUAUGAUGGUAGACGGUUGGCGACACAACGUAAACAUCGUCGUGGUGGAUGACAACGUAAACGUCGUCGCAGUGGAUGACAACGUAAACGUAGUCGCAGUGGAUGACAACGUAAACGUCGUCGCAGUGGAUGACAACUUCGCGGUGUAGGAUGCGAAACCGAACGUGUUUUGAACUGUUUAAGAACUAAAAGGGACUAACUGACGUAGUGAUAUAUGUUGGAUUUUCUUUGAGGUUGUGUAGUUUGUUUGUGAUUAGCGUUAAAGUAUAGGGGUUAAAGUAUAGGGGUAUUUUGGGAUUUGAAUGUAAGCGAAUGAAUGGAAGAGAUGUAUGCUUGUGUGUUAUAGGGCAAGUGGCGAUUUUCUUUAGUGUAAUAAAUUGUAUUUUUUGAAA